AUGAGAGGAAAUCAAGGAAAUUUUAAGGCACCAAAAGAGAAUACAGUGGAUGAUUUCUGGCGUAUGGUAUGGCAAGAAAGUUGUCGUACAAUAAUUAUGCUUUGUAAUAUCAUCGAAUGUGGGAAGAAAAAAUGUGAACAGUACUGGCCAGCUGCUGAAGGAGAAACUAAAAACUACGGUUUGCUGAAAGUGUUAUGCAGCAAAGUGGUGCAGGAGGAGAAGAUGUUAACGAUCAGUACUUUGGUAGUUUCGGAUGGCACCAAUAAUCUGCAAAUUGAGCAUGUAGCAUGGAACGAUUGGCCGGAUCGUGGAGUGCCAAACAAUUUCUUGGCUCCGUUUCGACUCUUACAGCGGAUCAAAAAUCAAAGCCACGUUGUUAUCCAUUGUUCUGCCGGUAUCGGUCGGACAGGCACAAUUGUGGGACUGGAUGUAGCAGAAGCGAUGUUCAAUAAUGGCAUGAAAGUAAACAUGCGCGAUAUUGUCCGGGAACUUCGUCUUCAGCGACAUGGCUCUGUGCAAACCGACAUCCAAUAUGUAUACAUACAUCGAUGCAUUAUGGCGCUUUCUGAAAACAAAAAACACGCUGCAGUACUUUGGAUGUACCCGUGA